AUGGAGGAAGAGGGAGAUAAUAUCAACAACAAUGAAGACAACGAUGUUGAAAUCAUACCAGAAACAAUGACCUCUGACAACAAUGGUCCUACUGUACAGGAGGAUGACACAAACGUUAUUCAAAAUUCUCCUUUUAUCGGUCAGGAAUUCAAUCAUUUUGAGGAUGCAUAUGCGUUCUACAACAACUAUGCUAAGAGUUGA